AUGCGAGCUGUUAGAUUCCACGGACGAGAGGAUAUCCGUGUCGAUGAGAUUGAGGAGCCGGUGUGCGGCAGCGGUCAGGUCAAGGUAUCCCAGAUUUUAUUCGUCUCAAAUCUCCAUGAGUUUCUCGCGGGACCAAUGGCCGUGCCGGUUCAUCCGCACCCCGUCACUGGUGCAAAGCUCCCCACCACUCUAGGCCAUGAAUUCAGCGGAAUCAUUGAAGAAGUCGGUUUCGGAGUGACCGGGCUGAAAGUUGGUGACAAAGUCGCUGUUAAGCCUAACCUGAGCGAUGGGACUUGUCCGAGAUGCCAGAUUGGCAGAAUAAACUGUUGCGAUAGUUUGGGCUUCAUUGGGUAUAGCAGUGAUGCUGGUGGUCUCGCAGACCAUGUAGUUGUGGACAAGAAACAUGCAAUUCUCUUACCGGAGUCUAUCCCUCUGGAUAUUGGAGCUUUGGUUGAACCUCUCGCUGUAGCCUGGCACGCAGUCAGCCGCAGUUCCAUUCAAGAUACAGACGCCGUGCUAGUGAUUGGAGCAGGGCCCAUCGGUCUGGCUAUUGUCCAGGUACUAAAGGCACGCGGUAUCAAAAACAUCAUCGUCGCAGAAGUAUCCGAGCGACGACGUCUAUUUGCCCAAACCCUUGGUGCCACAACCAUCCUAAACCCCACUGAAGUGGACGUGGUCGCGCAGGUUCGUGCCCUAACUGGCGAUGCAAAUGGGGCAGACAUUGCCUUUGAAUGUUCUGGCGUACAAGCAGGGCUGGACACCGCCAUGGCUAGUAUUCGAGUGCGCGGGACUACGGUUAUCGUGUCAUUGUGGGAAAAGAAGCCCGUCAUCGAUGCAUUCGCUGUCGUCCUGUUUGAGAAGCAUGUCACUGGAGCCGCGGUGUACGAUGACGCAGAUUUUCAUGCUGUAAUUAAGGCAGUUGCUUCGGGCGAAAUUAAACCGGCGCCAAUGAUCACCAGCAAAAUCAGCAUGCACGAAGUGGUCGAGAAAGGGUUCCGGGCCCUCAUCAAUGAGAAGGACAAGCAUGUCAAGAUCUUAAUCGAUAUUAACGCAUGA